AUGGACGUCUGUGCCACAAACUCCAGUUGCAGAGUGGAACCCCACCAGGGUGUGUCCUAUGCUUCAGUGUUUCUAGUGGGGUUUCUACUAAAUGCUGCUGCUCUGCGUGCUUUCAUCGCCAAGUGGGACUCCUGGAAAGACACCCACAUCUACAUGUUCAACCUGGCAAUAGCAGACUUUGCCCUCAUCCUCUUCCUUCCCUUCAGGAUUUAUGAUUCCUUCUUCUGCCUCCCAAAGACUUACUUCUGUACUUUCUUCAUUUUUAUUCAUUUCAUCAACAUGUACGCCAGCAUCAUGACCACGACAGUCAUCAGCGUCCAGCGGUACCUGUCUGUAAGGUUCCCACUGAAGGUCAGAUUAUGGAAGAAGAAGAAACAGAGUGCUGUUGCUGUGUGCCUGGUCAUCUGGGUGAUUCUGGUGACUUUAUGUGCUAUAUUUCGUGAGGAGAACAGUCCUCAAAACCUCUGGACGUGUUUUGAAAGAUGUAAAGAUACACCACUGAAGGCACGAUCUAUGGUGCUUCUGGUUUUUGUAGGGUAUGUCACUCCGCUCCUGAUCAUUGUUUUCUGCUCUACUCAGAUCAUCUGCAUUUUGUUAAAGCUGCAAGACAAGUCUGAGAAAAUGAAAAAUGCAGUUGGCAUGGUAACAGCAAACAUGGUUGUGUUCAUCAUGUGCUACACACCGAUCCACAUAGCCUUUGUUGUUAACUACUUUUAUGUAGCACCUCAAGACUGGAAAGCUAGAAAUUUGUACAGUCACAACUUUCUAAUCUGGUCUGAGUGGAUUGCUUCCACCAACUGCUGUUUUGAUUCAAUCAGCUACUAUUUCUUAUUGAAAAGGAUCAAUUCAUAAACCGUUUUGUGAACAGUAUGUGUGCUUGUGCUUGUGUAUUAUUUACAAAAUAUAAUACAAUUCUUUUUUUUUUCUUUUUUUGGAAUACAAAAUUAUAUCAUUUAAAGAUAUUAAUGGUACACAGGAUAUACAAUAUAACCAUGGAAAAGUUGCUUUUCUACAUAUUUUCUACUGUAGUUGAGCUGCUUGCGAACACGUGUGGACAGCAGGAUCUUAUGAUACAAAAUAAUCAUUUUAUUACAGUGCAAUGACACUCCAAGUGCAUUAAUAGCUAUAGUUUCUCUUUUGCCCAGUCAUAUGAGACAUGGUAGUUAAUAUAAAGUUGUUCCCUUUAUCUAGAAGCAAGUGGUUGUCCUAUUUAAAAA